AGAUAAAUGCCAUAAGAAGGACACACUGAAUUCAGUUGGGGAGUCUUUUGACAAAAUAUGCACAAGUGAAAUUAAGAUGCGUGACCUCUUGUAUUCUCAUCAGCCUUGGAAGGAGCGUUUACCUCAGUCAUUUGUGCUGAAUCGCUUAAAAGGUUAUCAGGCAGGGGGACGAAGGCUUGUGGAAACGAUCUUCUUGAGCGAUAAGGUUCCAAAGCAGCCCAGUGGUCCAAAUCCCCCAAGUUGCUGCCAGAGGAAGAAGAGGCUUCCAAAGCGUUACAGGUGCUUGAAAGACAAGUUCCAAGAACUGCUACGGAACCAUGUAAGGUGUCCCUAUCCAGCAAUGUUAAAAAAGAAUUGUCCUGUUUUGGUUUCAGACCAAAUUUGUGAAAGAAAGCAAGGUGAGAUCUUUUCAAGGACACAGUGGGGCAGUGUUGAAGGUUGCCUCAGAGGUGUAGCAGGUGGUUUGUGUCCAUUUCCAGAAAUUUCAGGCAGAAUUGGUGAACAUGAUAAGUUGAGUCAAGAAGAAAGUGAGAAGUCAGUCCCCAGAGACUCCUUCAGGACUGAUUUCCUGGCACUCCUGAAGCAAAACAGCAGCCCCUGGCAAGUGUACACCUUCGUAAGGGAAUGUCUUGAAAGAGUGGUCCCUGCGGCUCUUUGGGGUUCUAGUCACAACAAACAUCGCUUCUACAAAAAUGUGAAAAAAUUCAUCUCCCUGGGGAAGCAGGACACGUUUCCUUUGCGAGAGCUGUUGUGGAAAAUGAGGGUGAACGAUUGUGCCUGGCUGCGCCUGACCAAAGAACAUGGCCGCUCCGUUCCUGCCUCAGAACACCGUUUCCGGACACAUCUGCUUUCCAAGUUUUUGUUCUGGCUGAUGAACUCCUAUGUUGUGCAACUCCUCUGGUCUUUCUUCUACAUCACAGAGACCGAAUAUCAAAAGAAUUUGCUCCUUUUCUUCAGAAAGGCUGUCUGGGGCAAGCUGCAGAGCCUGGCAGUCAGGAGCCAUCUUGCAAAAGUACAUCUUCUUGCCUUGUCCAAGGAGGACAUCGAAACUCUGCAGCAGAGGAGGUGUGUUCCUUUGGCAGCUAAGCUCCGCUUCAUCCCCAAAGUGAAUGGGCUGCGCCCUGUGGUCAGGCUGAAUAAUCUGGUGGGAGCAGAAAAGUUCUGCAGAAAGAGCAGAGACAAAAAGGUUCAGUAUUUCAAUAUGCAACUUAAAAAUCUAUAUAGUGUGCUCAAGUAUGAGCAGAAGAAGAAUCCCAGCCUGCUUGGUUCUUCCGUCUUUGGGAAAGAUGACAUCUGUGCUGCGUGGAAGAAGUUUGUUCUGAAAGUUCUGGGGUCGGAUGCCCAAAGGCUUCCUGCGUUCUAUUUUGUGAAGGCCGAUGUCAGCGGGGCUUACGAUACCAUUCCUCAUCACAAGGUGGUGGAGGUGGUUGCACAGAUCCUGGGACCCAGCAACAACAGCAGCUACUGCAUUCGACGUUAUGCAGUGGUCAUCAGGGCGAAGAAUGGGCAGAUCAUUAAGAAAUACCGGAGACACGUAUCAACGUCGAAGGACUUUAUGCCAGAUAUGACUCUGUUUGUUCGUCAUCUUCAGCAGAGCACCUCGCUGCGAAAUGCGGUAGUAGUUGAACAGAGUGUUUGUUUGAAAGAAAGCUGUUCCGACCUGUUUGAGUUUUUCCUGCAGUUAAUCCAUAGCAAUAUCCUGAAGAUUGAGAACAGGUACUAUGUCCAGUGCUGCGGGAUUCCCCAGGGCUCCAUUUUGUCUACUUUGCUUUGCAGUCUCUGCUAUGGAGACAUGGAGAACAAACUACUGCCUGGCGUGCAGGAAGAUGGAGUGCUGAUGCGUCUAACGGAUGACUUUUUGCUUGUGACACCACAUUUAGAAGCAGCCAAAACUUUUUUGAGGACACUGGCCAGGGGCAUUCCUGAGUACGGCUUUUCAAUAAAUCCAGCUAAGACAAUGAUGAAUUUUCCUCUGGAUGAGGCUGUCGACAUCCCAGGCUGCUCAGCGUUCAAGCAGUUCCCAGCUCACACUAUGUUCCCGUGGUGUGGCUUGUUAAUUGAUACUCAGACCCUUGAAGUCUACUGUGAUUACUCCAGGUACGCCUGCACAUCUGUCAGGGCCAGCCUCUCCUUCAGCAGCAGCAGCAGCACAGCUGGAGUGCACAUGAGAAGCAAACUCUUUGUGGUCCUGCAGCUGCAGUGCCACCGCUUAUUUUUAGACUUACAGAUCAACAGUCUUAGGACAGUCUGUAUCAACAUUUACAAGAUUUUUCUGCUGCAAGCCUACAGGUUUCAUUCAUGUGUUCUCCAGCUUCCCUUUAACCAACAAAUCAAAAAUAACUCCACUUUCUUCUUGAGGAUCAUUGCUGAUACUGCUUCAUGUGGUUUCUCUAUUUUGAAAGCCAAAAAUACAGGCAUUUUCCCCCCUGCAACCAGUCCAUCGGCACUACUUUCUUUUGAAGCUGUACAGUGGCUCUGCUAUCAUGCCUUCAGUGUCAAGCUGGCAAAUCACAGAGUAAUUUACAAGUGUCUUCUAAUGCCACUCAAGUAUUGUAAAAUGUGGUUGCUCCAGAAAAUUCCAGAAGCUACUCUGCAGCUGCUACAGAAAGCGACAGAACUGUGGCUAUGUGAAGACUUUAGAGCCAUCUUGGAUUAACUAGUAAACGGUCUCCCGUUUUGAGAGUCACCUUCCAUUUUACAGCUUGACAAAAUGUCCACACAGGCCCUUGUCUACAGAACAGAUGAGAAUAUAAUUGUUUUAACACUCUAUUCAUUCAGAGUUAAAACUUUAAGCCAUUGUAAUAUUGUAAAAAUAUUUAAAAUAAAAAUUAAAUGUGA